AUGGUGGGUGGUUGUAGAAGUAGAAGAAAGAGGAAGCAGUUAAGCAGAAUCCAUGCAUUCUCAAUUGGGAAGGCUUCAUUCAAAGGUGAACAUUCACUUAUAGGAGGACCGGGUUUCUCAACAAUAGUUUACUGCAAAGAACCAGAAAGUGGUAGUGACAUUGUGAAUUAUGGUGACAAUUAUGUCAGAACUACUAAAUAUACAGCCUUCACUUUCAUUCCUAAAUCCUUGUUUGAGCAAUUUAGAAGGGUUGCCAAUUUUUACUUCCUUGUUUGUGCAAUCUUGUCUUUUUUUCCUGUCUCUCCUUACUCAGCUCUUAGCAAUGUUGUUCCUCUUGUCGUUGUCGUUGCUGUUACAAUUGGGAAAGAGGCUGUUGAGGAUUGGAGAAGAUUUAAGCAGGACAUUGAGAUGAAUAACAGAAAGGUUAAAAUCCAUAAUGGAGAGGGUGUUUUCGACUACUCUAAAUGGCGUGAUUUGAAGGUUGGAGACAUAGUGAAAGUAGAGAAAGAUGAAUUUUUCCCUGCUGAUCUUAUCCUACUAUCAUCAAGCUAUGAAGAUGCUAUCUGCUAUGUUGAGACCAUGAAUCUUGAUGGAGAAACAAAUCUUAAACUCAAACAAGCACUGGAAGAAACUUCCAAGUUUCAAGAAGACUCUACAUUCCAAAAUUUCAAAGCUAUUAUCAAAUGUGAGGAUCCAAAUGCAUAUCUUUACUCAUUCAUAGGCAAUAUAAAGCUUGAAGAUCAACUAUAUCCGCUUGCACCUCAGCAGUUACUGCUUAGGGACUCAAAGCUUAGGAAUACGGAUUUUAUAUACGGUGCAGUAAUCUUUACCGGCCAUGAUACGAAGGUUAUGCAGAACUCCAUGGACCCUCCUUCGAAGAGAAGCAAAGUUGAGAAGCAAAUGGAUAAGAUAAUCUACUUUCUGUUCUUAGUUUUGUUUUUUAUUUCUUUUAUCGGUUCAGUUUUCUUUGGCAUUGCGACAAGUGAAGAUCUUAAAAAUGGAGUAAUGAAGAGAUGGUACCUAAGACCGGAUGAUACUACAAUCUACUACGAUCCAAAGAAAGCGCCGGUUGCAGCAAUGCUGCAUUUCUUGACAGCACUAAUGUUGUAUAGUUACUUGAUUCCAAUUUCUUUGUAUGUCUCCAUUGAAAUUGUGAAAGUACUUCAAAGCAUGUUUGUCAACCACGAUAUACACAUGUAUUACGAGGAAACUAACCAGCCUGCACAUGCUCGUACCUCGAAUUUAAAUGAAGAACUUGGCCAAGUUGAUACUAUUCUUUCGGAUAAAACAGGAACUUUGACUUGCAAUUACAUGGAAUUUGUCAAGUGUUCGAUCGCUGGGAUUGCAUAUGGACAUGUGGAGAGACCUCUAGCAAGGAGAAAAGGAUUGCCAUUAAGUCAAGAGUUGACAGAAGAUGGAAAUAUUACUGAGAUUUCUGAAGCAAAUCCAUCCAUUAAAGGUUUUAACUUCAUGGAUGAAAGGAUUAUGAAUGGAAAUUGGGUCAAUGAACCUUACGCCAAUGUAAUCCAGAACUUCUUGCGCUUGUUGGCGGUAUGCCAUACUGCAAUACCUGAAGUUGAUGAAGAAAAUGGCAAAGUUUCAUAUGAAGCUGAAUCACCUGAUGAGGCAGCUUUUGUAAUUGCAGCUAAAGAGCUUGGAUUUGAGUUUAAUGAAAGGACUCAAACAACUAUUUCGCUGCGCGAGUUUGAUUCGAUAUCAGGCAGGAACAUUAGAAGGUCCUACAAACUUUUAAAUAUAUUAGAGUUUAGUAGUUCAAGAAAACGAAUGUCUGUUAUAGUAAGAGAUGAGGAAGAGAAACUACUGCUUCUUAGCAAAGGCGCUGACAGUGUCAUGUUUGAACGACUUGCGAAAAAUGGAAGGGAGUUUGAGAAAAAGACUAAGCAGCACAUUAAGGAAUAUGCAGAUGCUGGUUUGAGGACCUUGAUAUUGGCCUAUCGCGAACUUGAUGAAGAAGAGUACACUCUUUUUAAUAAAGAAUUGAUGGAAGCCAAGAGCUUAGUAAGUGCAGACCGGGAGCAGAUUGUGGAGGACGCAUUGGAAAAGAUUGAAAAGGAUUUAAUUCUUCUGGGUGCUACUGCAGUUGAAGACAAACUUCAAAACGGGGUUCCUGAAUGUAUUGACAAGCUAGCACAGGCAGGAAUAAAGUUAUGGAUUUUGACUGGUGAUAAAAUGGAGACAGCAAUCAAUGUCGGGUUUGCUUGUAGUUUACUUCGGCAAGGAAUGAAACAAAUUAUCAUUAGUUCAGACACUCCAGAAACCAAAUCACUUGAGAAAAUGGAAAACAAGUCUGAUGCUUAUGUGGCAAUUAAGAAAAGUGUUCUUUGUCAAUUAAUGGAAGGAAAGGAAUUACUCGGUGUAUCAAUUGAAAACUCCGAGGCAUUUUCUCUGAUAAUUGAUGGGAAGUCUCUGACAUAUGCACUAGAAGAUGAUGUACAGGACUUGUUUCUCGCACUUGCAGUUGGUUGCGCAUCUGUUAUAUGCUGUCGUUCUUCUCCGAAGCAAAAAGCACUUGUUACUAGAUUAGUAAAGAUUAAAACAGGUUGUACUACUCUUGCAAUUGGUGAUGGUGCAAAUGAUGUUGGAAUGCUCCAAGAAGCAGAUAUUGGGAUUGGUAUAAGUGGUGUUGAAGGAAUGCAGGCAGUUAUGUCUAGUGAUAUUGCAAUUGCUCAAUUCCGUUAUCUAGAGCGUUUACUUCUCGUGCAUGGACAUUGGUGUUACAGAAGAAUCUCAUUAAUGAUUUGUUACUUCUUUUACAAGAAUAUUGCCUUUGGCUUUACUCUUUUCUUGUAUGAGAUCUAUGCUUCAUUCUCCGGGCAAGUUGCAUACAAUGAUUGGUUCCUGUCACUAUAUAAUGUAUUCUUCACUUCCCUUCCUGUAAUUGCCUUGGGAGUAUUUGACCAAGAUGUCUCUGCUAGAUUAUGCCUUAAGUUCCCAUUAUUAUAUCAAGAAGGUGUACAAAAUGUUCUCUUUAGCUGGAAAAGGAUUCUAGGCUGGACAUUCAAUGGAGUGAUGAGUGCAACCAUAAUCUUUUUCUUUUGCAUUAAUGCAAUUGAGAAUCAAGCAUUCCGAAAAGGAGGUGAAGUAGUUGGACUUGAAGUUCUUGGUGCAACCAUGUACACUUGUGUUGUUUGUGUGGUAAAUUUUCAAAUGGCAUUAUCCAUAACUUACUUCACUUACAUACAACAUAUAUUCAUUUGGGGUGGCAUUCUUUUUUGGUAUAUUUUCCUCUUAACAUAUGGAACUAUUAACCCUUCUUUAUCAACCACUGCUUAUAAAGUCCUAAUUGAAGCUUGUGCACCUGCACCAUCUUAUUGGCUCAUCACUCUCCUUGUUCUCGUUGCUUCACUCCUUCCAUAUCUUGUAUACGCUUCAAUCCAAAUGCGGUUCUUUCCUAUCUAUCAUCAAAUGAUAAAGUGGAUGUGCAGUGACGGACAUGCAACUGGUCCAGAAUAUGUUGAUAUUGUACGACAGCGAUCAAUACAACAUGCAACAUUCGGGUUCACGGCUCGUUUCAAAGCAUCCAAGACUUCUCAUGUAUGA